AUGAACUACUGUUCACUUGUGGAGUCGGAUAUCAAAGCCAUACGACUGAUAACUAACGUGAUUCUCGUUUUGGAAACGCGUGAAAUAGGGCAGGGUGGUUGCAAAGUUACUUGGAAUCGAGUCGGUCCCACUACUCUCUCGCGGUGUCAGCUCCUUCAAAGCGGAAUCGGUCGUUGGAUCACCUACUUGAACAGUGCGGAAUAUAGGCAGAUCCAGCCUGGGAACGCAUCAAUAAAUUUUUCGGAAUUGGCAUGUCACAACCGAGUGGAUGAUAUGUGGAUGGCUCUAAACCACGAGGGUAAACGUGCUGUGUUUGACGUCACACCGUUCGCACGCUUUCAUCCCGGAGGAUUGGAAGUACUCCUGGAGCAUGCAGGCACAGAUGCCUCGGAAGCGUUUCGUAUGGCGCACGCGUAUGUGAAUGUGGAUAUGAUUGGCCGCUUACGAAAGGGAUUUCUGAGCAAAAACAAACUUGGAGCGGGACAUUUGUUACCGUCAAUGGUUGUGUCACAUUUGAAAGAUGGUGGCUCGACUCUUUCACAACAGCCGCGGCCAAAGUGGUCAUGGGUGGUUCAUGAGUCCGGAACAGUGGAACUCCGUCUACAUUUCUCCCGUUUUACCACAACUGAUCGCACCUGGUCGUGCAUGGACGAACUGCGUGCUCUGUCUUGCUGGGCUCCCGUGAAGUGUUGUGAUGAAACUACAUGUCGGGACCAGUUGAUCAUGCGCACCCUAUUGGGUGACACUUAUCAUCGGAUGGAAUUUCGUAAGUCGCAAACGCGUCUCUCCCAAAAGUACCUAGAUUGA